GUCACGUGGGGGCGCGGUCAGGUGAUUGGAGAGGGGGUGUCAGCUGAUCUCGCCCGGUGUCAGGCAGCUUCGCUCUUCCCGAAUCAGUGAGGCGUCAGAGACAGAACGGAGAGCCACCAUGAACGGACAUCUGCUAAUCUACUCCGGGGUCACUGUGGCCUUCUGGGCCACCCUCAUCAUCGUAGGGACCUGCUACACGAUCUUCGAUCUGGGAUUCCGCUUUGACGUGGCAUGGUUCCUGACAGAGACGUCGCCGUACAUGUGGGCGAACCUCGGCAUCGGGUUGGCCAUCUCGCUGUCUGUGGUGGGAGCAGCCUGGGGAAUUUACAUCACCGGCUCCAGCAUCCUGGGGGGAGGAGUGAAGGCUCCGCGUAUCAAAACCAAGAACCUUGUCAGUUUCACAGGAACCACUCCGGAGACUAUCAAGAGUAGCAACUACCACGCAGGGUUCUCCAUGUUUGGAGCUGGCCUCACGGUGGGCUUCUCGAACCUCUUCUGUGGGAUCUGUGUCGGCAUCGUGGGCAGUGGUGCAGCGCUGGCGGACGCUCAGAACGCCAGCCUCUUUGUGAAGAUUCUCAUCGUGGAGAUUUUCGGCAGUGCCAUCGGCCUGUUCGGGGUUAUUGUGGCAAUUCUGCAGGUNUCUAAGGUAAAGAUGGGGGACUGAGAGUCCUGGUGGAGCCGCGUGUUCCGUCCCUCGCUCUGGAGACCAGAAGACAUGAUUUAUUUAUUCCAUGCGCUCCUCCCUGACGCGGUCAGGUGACAUUUUUUUGGCGCGGCUGUAUUU